CUCUUUAAAAGAAAUCCAGGGGCUGAAAAGGUGGCUGCAGCGGCACAGGCGGCUGGAGCUUUCCUCUCUGCUAGAGCUGCCGGCGGAGGACAUUUUCACCAGUUGCAGAUGUAACCUCGGGAACUCCUGGGUCUGUCGGUUUGUCUGCCAAACAAAGUCUUUUCUUCUUUGGCUCGGACAGUUUAAGAGGCUCCUGGAUUUUUCUGCCACCCCGCCACAAGCUGGCAGUUACCUGGGAGCUAGCGGAGAAAUGAGCCCUUCUGGGGGGAGGAUGAACGAAGGGUGUCAGCUCCGGGGGGCUGCCUCCGGGAAGCGCCUCCUGCUCCCCAGGAGGAGAGGAUCACCCGGCAGGCGGCCGGGCGGCCCCGGGGCGCCAAGCACCGUGCUCAGGCUCUUCUUGCACGCGUGGCUGUGGGCGGGUUCGGGCUCAUCUGCCCAGGUUUUCAACCUCAGCCUCUCUGUGGACGAGGGGCUUCCUCCCGACACGCUGGUCGGCGACAUCCGCGCCGGGCUGCCUGUAGCGCAGCAGCAGGAGGGUGGUGGCUUCUUCCUGUCUGAGGACUCGGACGACUCCCCGGUGCUGGACGACUUCCACGUGCACCCGGACACCGGCAUCAUCCGCACCGCGCGGUGCCUGGACCGCGAGCGGAGGGACCACUACAGCUUCGUGGCCGCCACGCUGCUGGGCGCCGUGGUGCAGGUGGAGAUCCGCGUCAACGACGUGAACGAUCACUCGCCGGUUUUUCCCCGCGACUCCCUGCAGCUCGACGUCUCCGAGCUCAGCCCGCCAGGUACCGCCUUCCGCCUGCCAGGUGCCCACGACCCCGACGCCGGGCUUUUCGGCACACAGGGCUACACCCUGGUGCAACUGUCCGACCUUCCCGGGGACCCCGAAGGACCAUACUUCCAGUUGCGCUACGGGACCCAGGGGCUGCCGUCGCCUCCCCUGCUGGGCUCCUCGUCGCCCCUGGAGCCCCUGGACCUGGUGCUGCUGCGGCGCUUGGACCGAGAGGCGGCGGCGGAGCACGAGCUGCAGAUCGAGGCGUGGGACGGCGGCCACCCGCGGCGCACCGGCCGCCUGCGGGUUGAGCUGCGCGUGCUGGAUGAAAACGACAACCCGCCAGUUUUCGAGCAAGGAGAAUACAGUGCCGCGGUGCGCGAGGACGCCCCGCCGGGCGCCGAGGUCUGCCACGUGCACGCCACCGACCGCGACCUGGGACCCAACGGCCACGUGCUCUACAGCCUCCGCUCCCGCCAAGCGCCCGGGGUGGACAGCGAGCCCCUGGGCGACGCCGCCUACUUCGAGGUGGAAGAGCUGAGCGGCGUGGUGCGAGUGCGGAGGCCGCUGGACCGCGAGGCGCGGGCCAGGCACCAGCUGGUGGUCGAGGCCCGCGACGGAGGCGCCGAGCCAGAGGUCGCCACCGUGCGCGUGUCUAUCACCGUACUGGAGGUGAAUGACAACCGACCUGCCAUUCACUUGCUCUUCCUCACCGAGGGGGGCUCCGCCCGCGUCUCCGAAGGCGCCCGGCCCGGCGACUAUGUGGCUCGCAUCUCGGUGUCCGACGCGGACAGCGACCUGGAGAAGGAAGAGGAGGCCGCUGGGGAGCUUGGUGUGGGCCUCGGAGGCAAGGGCAUCUCUCUGUCCUUGGAGGGCGGUGAGGGAGCCUUCGCACUGCGACCUGGCGGCUCCCCUGGAGUAUUUUUUCUAUGCGUCCAGGGGCCCCUGGACAGGGAGAAUCACGACCUAUAUGAGUUGCGACUGGUGGCCACGGACUCGGGGAUCCCGCCGCUGAGCACCGAAGAGAUGCUGCUGCUCCGGGUCGCAGACCUCAACGACCAGCCGCCGCUGUUCAGCCAGGAGCACUACCAGGCCUCAGUUUCUGAGGCCGUGGCCCCUGGCACUGCGGUAUUGUGGAUCAGCGCCUCCGACGCGGACGAACCUGGCACCGACGGCGCCCGGCUGCUCUACGCGUUGGUCCAGCCCCUGGCUCACUGCAUUCCAGAGACUCUGUCGUUCACGGUGGGGUGCGGACCGUACUUCACCAUUGAUCCCGAAAGCGGUGUGAUCAGCACCAUGCGGACCCUAGAUCGAGAGAUCCAAGAGACGGUGGAGCUGAAAGUGGUGGCUCAGGACCUCGGAGAGCCCCCGCUCUCUGCCACCUGCCUGGUGACCAUCACCGUGGAUGACGUGAAUGACAACGAGCCCAUCUUCCAGAGGCAGGUGUACAAUGCCACUGUUGCGGAGCAUACCCCAGUCGGACACUGCUUUCUGCAGGUGAAAGCUUCCGAUGCAGAUGCAGGACUCUAUGGCUUUGUUGAAUAUUCUCUUUAUGAUGGAUUCCAAAGCUAUGAAGCACCUCAAGCAUUCCAGAUCGACCCACAUGAUGGACGAAUCUGUGUUUCUCAAGAUAUGGACAGGGAAAGGGAUCCAGCCACCUAUGAUCUCUUGGUGAAAGCCAAAGACGGGGGUGGGCUAAGCGCCCAAGCUUUUGUUCGUGUGGAACUGGAGGACAUGAAUGAUAAUCGACCUGUGUUUAACCCCUCAACCUACGUGACCAGCAUCAGUGGUCAGACCCAGCCAGGCACUGGGAUCAUCAGUACUCUUGCCACCGACAAGGAUUCUGGGGUAUAUGGAACAGUGGCUUAUGAGCUCGUCCCCGGAGACCUGUCAUCCCUUUUUACCAUUGACUCCACAACAGGAAUUAUUUAUUUAACAUCAACUCUCAGUCAUUUGGAAUCUACUACACUUCUGUUGAUGGUCUGUGCUCGAGAUGGUGGCGGGCUCACAUCUGCCAUUAAUGCCGACGUCACUAUACACAUUGUUCCGACAAGUCUGGCACCUGCCGAAUUUGAAAGGUCCAAAUAUACUUUCUCAGUUUGUGAAGACGUGCCUGAAGGCAGCCCUGUUGGAACAGUGAAAGCAGGAGAGCCCUUGAAUUCCACAGAGCCAAUCUUUUACAGAAUCACUUCUGGCAAUCUGGAUGCAAAGUUCUCUAUUCACCCGUGGCUGGGCAUCAUUUGUACCCAGAAGCCUCUAGAUCAUGAAACGCAGCCCAUGGCUGUGCUCACCGUCCAGGCGCAGCUGGGAAGCUCCCCAAGCUGCAGCAGCACAGAAGUCAACAUAACUGUCCUUGACGUCAAUGAUAACUACCCAGCAUUUCUCACAGACUCUGACGAGAUUAAAAUAUUGCAGGUCACACCGCCUGGCACAGCCUUGUACCUUGCACGAGCAGAAGACAAAGACAGUGGUCUGAAUGGAUUUAUUCAAUACUCCAUUGCCAGCCAGACCCCAGGCAUCUUCACCAUUGACCAAGGCCUUGGUAUGGUGUACCUCAAUGGAAGUCUGGAAGGGGACGUGCCGCAGAAGCACAUGCUGACGCUCAUGGCCAAGGACUGUGGAGUUCCUCCUCGGGCAUCCCUUUUAGUGCUGACAGUAGUUUUUGAAAAACAAGAAUCAAGUCCACCCUUGACUUUUGAAAAUUUGGUCUAUCAAGUAGAAAUUAGUGAAUCCCUCUCACCAACUACCCAAAUACUGCAGAUACAGGCCUACUCACUUGACCCACAGCAGACAACUUCACAGCUUAUGUACUCUCUGGAGCCCAGCAUAGCCUCAGCCGUCUUUGGCGUCAGCCCUUACACAGGUUGGAUUUAUACGCGGAGACAACUCGACUAUGAAUCCAAACAAACAUAUAAUUUCAGAGUGUUUGCCUGGAUUCCAGAGGACAGAUUGUCGCAAAAUGCGAGCACCUCAGUAAUUGUUCAUGUCCUGGAUGAGAAUGACAAUUCCCCUACCUUCUUGCAUGAUGUGUUGUUUUUGAAAGUCAAGGAGAGUCCUGUUCUCCAAGGGGUGAUGGGCAAGAUUACGGCAGUUGACAGAGACUCUGGGAAGAAUGGACGGCUCUCAUAUUUCCUUUUGUCUGAUGGAAAAUUCUUCAAGAUGAAUCCUAAUACAGGUGAACUUAUAAGCUGGGUGGCCUUGGAUCGUGAGGGUCAAGCACAUCAUCAGGUGACUAUCCUGGUGACUGACCACGGCUCCCCACCCCAAAAUGCCACGAUGGUGGUUUAUAUCUCAGUUACUGACAUCAAUGAUAACAAGCCAUAUUUCCCACAGUGCCUCCCUGGAAAGGAGUUACACAUCAAGGUUCUGGAAGGUCAACCAGUAAAUAUGCUAGUUACAACUGUGUUUGCAAAAGAUCUUGAUGAAGGAAACAAUGGAGAAGUGAUAUAUUCAGUAUCUUCAGGAGAUGGUUCUGAUCACUUUAAGAUUGAUGCCAACAGUGGUGAAAUAAGAACAGCCACAAUACUUUCUUCUGAUUAUAGACCUUCCUACAGGCUGACUGUAAUUGCCAGUGACCAGGGUGUGCCUCCCCUUCAAGGACAGGCAGUUAUUAAUAUUCAGGUGAUACCACAAUCCCAAGGGAGUGCUGUCAUUUCUCAGAAUAUUAGACAUUUGGUUAUACCAGAAAGCUUAAAGCCUGCGAAGAUAAUAAGCUUGAUAAAAUCACCUGACCACCUUCAACAACAUCAUAGUGGAAAGUUACAUUUUAGUAUCAUUGCAGGUGACAAGGAUGGUCAUUUUGAAAUUGACAGCUCAACAGGAGACUUGUUCCUUGCUAAGGAACUUGAUUAUGAAAUGACAUCCCAUUAUCUUUUCAGGGUGGUUACUAAAGACCAUAGCAAAAAUCCUCCCCUGGAUAGCACAGUCGUCCUUAGUAUUGAUGUGGAAGACCAGAAUGACCAUACCCCGUCUUUCCAGGAUGAGUUCGUUGUGCUAAGUAUAGAAGAGAAUGUUCCCAUAGGGACUCUGGUGUAUGUCUUCAACGCCAAAGAUGGCGACGGCAGUUUUCUGAACAGCAGAAUACAGUACUUCAUUGAAUCCCACCACCCUGGGAUGAACCCAUUUCUCAUCCACCCCUCAUCUGGCACACUGGUUACUGCAUCCCUCCUUGACAGAGAGCUCAUUCCCACUGUCAUCCUGAAAAUCACUGCAUCCGAUCAGGCGGUGAACGUGACAGACCGGCGACUGAGGUCACUGAUAGCCAAGGUUGUGAUUUUAGAUGUGAAUGACCACAGCCCCACGUUCGUGUCCUUCCCCAUUGCCCACGUUAAAGAGGAUGCCACGGUGGGCUCCGUGGUGCACCACAUAGCUGCACAAGAUCCAGAUGAAGGAAGGAAUGGAAGAGUAACGUACAGCAUCCUCUCAGGAAAUGAGAACAUGGCCUUUGUACUAGAUGAGUCAUCAGGUCUACUAACUACAACUUGUCCUUUGGAUCAUGAAAUCCAAACACAGCACAUUCUGACCCUCCUGGCACUGGAUGAUGGCAGGCCAGCACUUUCUUCAUCCCAGACCUUGACAAUUACUGUUCUUGAUGUAAAUGAUGAAGCACCAGUGUUUAAGCAACACCUGUAUAAUGCAUCAGUUAAAGAAAACCAAAAUCCGGGAGAGUUUGUCACCAGGGUGGAAGCCAUGGACAGAGAUUCAGGAAUCAAUUCCAAACUUCAGUUUGAAAUCCUGCCAGGUGCUUCAUUUGGGUUGUUCGAGAUCAAUCCGGACACAGGAGAGGUGGUAACAACUACCACACUGGACAGAGAAGUUCAGGAAGUCUUCACCCUCAGAGUACUCGUGCGUGAUGGGGGCACCCCUCCGUUGUCCAGCACCACAGUGAUUCUCUGCACUGUCGAAGAUGAAAACGAUCAUGCACCAGAGUUUAUCGUCCCCCGGCAUGACACUGAUGUUCCAGAAAACCGAGAGCCAGAGGUCAUCUAUACUGUUUUGGCCUCAGAUAUGGAUGCUGGUAAUAAUGGAGCUGUCAGGUAUUACAUCAUUGAUGGAAAUACUGAGGAGUACUUUGCUGUUAAUGAAACAUCAGGAGAACUUUCAACUACGCGUGCUUUGGACCGGGAGCAGAUCAACAACUUUACCCUUGUCAUCCUGUGCUCUGAUCUGGGGGAUCCACCUAGAAGCUCUGUGAUGCAGCUGCAAGUUACAGUUUUGGAUGACAAUGAUCACAGCCCCUCCUUCCUCAAGCUUCGUUACCAGUCCUCUGUGAGAGAAGAUACUGAAACGGGAACGGUGGUUCUUGUGCUCUCUGCUAUGGAUGAAGAUGAAGGCCAGAAUGGGCAAAUUGAGUAUUUUCUGAUGGACGAGGCUUCUGGUGCAUUCGCCAUUGACCCUGUGACAGGCGUAUUGAGAACUGCCCACACCCUCGACCGAGAAGCCAGAUCCCAGCAUACAUUCAGGGUGGUGGCCAGAGACUGUAGUGUCCAGGGCUCGAGAAGCACCACAGUAAUUAUAAAUGUGCAUGUCACUGAUGUCAAUGACAAUGAUCCAGUUUGGGAGCAGAACCCCUUUGAUCUUUUUCUUUCCUCCCAGUUGCCUGCAAACCUGACAACAGCCACCCUGAGAGCUGAUGACCCAGACCUGGGGCCUAAUGGAACUGUCGUUUUUAGUUUUGCAGAAACCCAGUCAAUGUUUUCUCUUGAUAAACAUACAGGAGAAAUUCAGCUUCAGCAAAUCCCACCUUCGGAAUAUUUUCCUAUCUGGCUGCAGUUAAAAGUUAUGGACCAAGGGGUGCCAGCCAGGACAACCACUGGUCUCUUGGUCGUUCACAUGGAAGGAGAAGAUGUAAAGCUGUCCUUCACUCACCGUCUCUAUGAAGGGCUUGUGACUGAAAACUGUGAGGCAGGUACUUCCAUUGUGACCGUAAAAGCUUUUACUCCUGACUCAAUUGGGGACAGCAUUAAAUAUUUGAUUUUUAGUGGAAAUGAAGAUGGAGUAUUUUCCCUGUGCUCCAACUCAGGAGAACUCACCGUGAAAGAACCCAAGUUUCUUGAUUUUGAAGUCAGAAAUGAAGUACAGCUCAUCGUGUUAGCUGAAAAGGGUGGGCAGAGAGCCUACAGCAAAGUAGCAGUCUUGAUACAGGACGUGAAUGAUAAUUUACCGUGUUUUGAGAAAAGUGUUUACCAUGCAUCGGUGUCUGAAGGCCAGCUCUACGAUGCUCACGUCAUACAGGUUUUUGCUGCUGACCCAGACAGUGGGUUGAACGGCCUUCUUGAGUAUUCCAUUCUUUCUGGCAACCAAGGAGACGCGUUUCAGAUUGAUGCACUAAGUGGUGUGAUAACAACAAACACAAUUCUGGAUUACGAGUUCACCAGCUCCUACAGCUUGAUUGUUCAAGCCACAGAUAAAGGGAUGCCCCAGCUUUCUGCUACAAGUGUGAUCAAGAUACAAGUGACUGAUAUAAAUGACAAUGCCCCAACUUUCCUUCCCUCAGAAGCAGUGGAAGUGGCAGAAAAUUCUUUGCCUGGUAUAAUUGUGACUCAAGUAUCAGCUCACGAUGUGGAUUUGAAUCCAGCUUUCGUCUUCAGUUUCACCAAAGAGAAUAAUCCUGGAACCAAGUUUGCUAUUGAUCAGAACACUGGGAUAGUGAUGCUGGUGAAAACAUUGGAUUUUGAAGAAGCUACUGAAUAUGAGCUGCUCAUCCAAAUUUCUGACUCGGUGCACCACACAGAGGGAAUGCUCGUGGUCCAUGUGUUGGACGUCAAUGAUAACCCACCAGUGUUUUCUCAAGAUUUCUAUCAGGUCACCAUUCCUGAGACAGUACCUCUAGGGUACUCCGUGCUGACCGUGUCAGCCACAGACGUAGACAGUGGCAAGAACAUUUCUUACAGAAUUCUUUCCUCUUCUAUGGAGUUUUCAAUUGACCGUAUGAAUGGCACAAUAUUUACCAUCCAUCCUGUAAUACUUCUGGAUAAAAUGUCAACAAUCCGGUUUCUUGUGGAAGCCAGUGAUGGUGGAAUUCCUGAGCUGAAGGCUCUUGCACUAGUGGAGAUAGGAAUACAAGAUAUGAACGACCAUGCCCCUGAGUUUACAGUAGAAUACUACAACAUUAGCUUAAGUGAAGAUGCCCUAAUUGGAGGCACACUUGUCACGUUUUCAACCUUUGACCGUGACUGGACCCGUGAAAACACACAUGUUGAAUAUUCCAUCAUCAGUGGUAAUUCACAGAAACAUUUCCAUUUGGAAACUAGUGUCACUCAUCCAGAAUAUCCUUACAUUCAAGUUGGUUAUCUUGUGUUGCUUCACAGUUUGGACAGAGAAGCAGCUGCCAGUCAUCAGCUUGUCAUUCUAGCAUCUGACCAUGGCUGCCCUCCGUUGAGUUCCACAACCAUCAUAUCAAUAGAAGUCCUUGAUGUCAAUGAUAACCCACCUAAAUUCACCCAUCUGGAAUAUCAUACUCACUUCAAGGAAAGUACACCUUUAGGGACUCACAUCAUUGUGGUCUCAGCAAACGACAGUGACAUGGGUUCAAAUGCUGAAAUCAUGUACCACCUAAUCUCUGGAAAUGAGAGGGGGCAUUUUCACCUAGAAGAAAAAACUGGAGUUCUGUAUUUGAUUAAACCUCUGGAUUAUGAGGAAACAACAAAAUUCACUUUAAUUGUCCAAGCUUCAGAUGAAGAAAAGAAACAUUUUUCUUUUGCGGUUGUGUUUGUCGAUGUCCUGGAUGAUAAUGACCACACACCUCAGUUUAUGUUCCCAAGAGUGAACUGUCUCGUUCCAGAAAAUCUGCCUGUGUCCUCUACCAUAUGUUCUGUAAAUGCUUUGGAUUUUGACACGGGUCCUUAUGGAGAAUUGACAUAUUCUAUUUUAUCACCCUGUUUGAGCACUCAUGGACAACCUCAUGAUCAUGAUCUCUUCCUCAUCGAUCCAUUUACCGGGGAUAUCUAUGCUAAGCAAAUCCUUGACUAUGAACUUGAAAGUAAAUACUGCAUCACAGUUCAGGCAAAAGACAAAGGUGAUUUAACAGCCUCCUUAACAAUGUGGUUGGAAAUUGAAGGGAUAGAUGAAUUUGAACCCAUUUUCACACAAGAUCAAUAUUUUUUUAACCUCCCAUAUAAGAGUGAAGUAAGACAGUUGAUUGGCAAAGUGGAAGCAUCAGAUGCCGAUGCUGGUAUUGAUGGAGUCAUUCUUUACUCCCUUGCAACGGCAUCUCCUUUCUUCUCAGUAAAUAAAACUAAUGGAAAUAUCUACUUGACUAGAGCCCUGCCCCUAGUAAAAAGUCAAGUCAGCAAAGACGACACUAUUGAAAUGAACAUAAUCGCUCACAGCCCUAAACUGGAUUCCAAGUUUACAUCUUGCACUGUUGUUGUGAAUGUGUCAUUUUCCCCUGAAGCAAAACACUCAGCAAUAUCAGCCAGCAGUUUUUCAAUCAGCCUUACAGUCUCCUUUCUAGUAUUUCUGUUGCUGGUAUCCAUUCUUCUUAUACUAGUUUUAAAACAUAAACAAAAAGACGCAGCGAACAAUUAUGAGGAAAAGAAAACCUCAUCUUCCUUAGAUGUCAAUUUGAGAUCGACUGGGGAUGCCAGUAUGCUCAAGGCCUUCCAGGAAACGAAUGAUUGCAGUAAUAAGGCCGUGCCUGUGGACUCCCUGCCUCAAUGGUUGAGUUUCAUAAGCAUCAUGGAGAAGGACAUACUUCAUGUGUACAGGCACUCAAAUUCCAGCAGCCACUGUUCUGUGGAAGGAGAAACUGCAGAAGAUAAGGAAAUCCAGAGGAUAAAUGAGCAUCCUUAUAGGAAGGACUCUGGCUCAGCUCUGAGUGAUCGGGAUUCCCGAGUGCCAGAUUCUGGAAUCCCCAGGGAUUCAGACCAGCUUUCCUGCUUGUCGGGAGAAACUGACCUGGUGGCCACCGCGGAAACAGAAACCAGCCAUACAUUGGAGGAAGGAGAUGGAGGAGGAGGCCGUGGUACAACCUACGUUCAAAAUGAUGUGUUACCUCAUGUGCUUCAGAAGAGAGGUGUAAAAGAGGACAUCCUGGCUGACGUCAGAAAAGAAUACAUCCUCAUUUCAGGUGAUCAGGAGGCAAGAGGUGCAGCUCUUUCAACCCAGAUAACCUCUGAUCAUGAUGCAAGGGGCAGCGGUACCUGGGAUCAUCUGCUCAGCUGGGAACCCAAGUUUCAACCUCUUGCCUCAGUAUUUAAUGAUAUUGCAAAACUGACCGAUGAACAUUUGCAUAUGCCUGGGGUUCCAAAAGAUAAGAAAGCUUUUGUUUUUCCACAACCUUUGAUAACAGCAGUAGCCCAGCCUGAAAUUAAAGCAGUUCCACCAAGAAUGCCAGCAGGAACUUCAGGGCAGGCACUUCAGAAACACCCACACUCCCCCGUUCUCUACCAUCUCAGUUCUCUGCCAGAAGCCAUGACUCCCAGUUUUUCUCCAUCUCUUUCCCUAUUGACCAUACAGACUCCUGCCAUGUCUCCACUGUUGUCAAGUGCAAAAUUAUUGGGAACACACUUAAGUGGUACAUGCCAUGAAUGGAAUGCAGAAGAUGAAUGAAGUUCAGAUAUAAAACGACAGUAAUCCCAGGCACCUGCAUACUAUGUCAUGAGUGAACGAAACCUCUCAAGAAAGCGCCUCAAGAAUGGAAGAUUCUGAUCUAAGAACGAGUGAUCUAAUUUAAUCAGGGGUUUUUGAAACACCACCCCCCCCAUUUAAGUGUCUCAAAUUUCCUCCAGCCUUAAAGAGAAGUUACUCCCU